AUGACGUGGAAUCCCGCUGAUUACGGUGGUUUGAAUGAAAUCACUAUACCGUCAGACAUGGUUUGGAAACCAAUGAUAAUUCUCACGAGCGCCGUCGGAGAAAUUGUGCCGAUAGGGAUAGAUGCCAAUUGGUUGCCCGUCAGGUUUCAUUUCAGCGGGAUUGCAGCAUGGUCACCAGGAGAAAGUAUCAGCUCCAACUGCCCAAUGAACGUGAAGUAUUUUCCUUUUGAUACACAGGUUUGUGAAUUUAUGUUCAUACCCUGGGGCUUUAAACCGAACGAGGUAGUAAUUCGGAAGCAAAAUGACGUCGUGCAAAAUGACUUAUUCUCGGAAAACGGGCAGUGGGAAUUCUUAGAGUCGGAGAUAAAAACGGACACUCAACCUGGUUAUUCGUCCAUAACAGCGCAUAUUCGACUUCAGCGCCGAUCAGCGUUUUUUCUCGUCAAUUUUGUGUUCCCUGUUGUUUUUAUUACGCUGUUAAAUCUGCUGGUGUUUUGCCUUCCCGUCGAAAGCGGAGAGAGAAUGUCGUUUACAGUCACAGUUCUGCUGGCAGUGGCCGUGUUUAUGACCAUUGUAGCAGCCAAUCUCCCAAAGAAUUCCAAAGACUCUGCACUCAUUGGCUAUUUUUUCCUGCUAAAUAUGGCGCAAGAUGCACUUAUUGUGAUCGAAACCGCAAUCAGCAUUAUUGCAUUCUACAAAACUGGAGAAGUUCCCAGACCAUUGAAUGUGUUUUAA